AUGGACAGCACCACCACCACCACCAACCCUCAGUCCGCCAUGGCCCACCGCACAUUCACCCAGUCCUCGGCCUCGACAAGAGCCUCGGUCGAGCCCGUCUCGCCCAGCGCAAACUCGCAGACCUUCUGCUUCAACAACACCAAGCCCAUUCCCCGCUCUGUGCCAUUGGCCGAGCAGAACUUCUUCGGCGCCAUCAAGGAGAAGAUCAGGGAGCGUUCCAGAAGCCGCUCGCGCACCCCCCGCUCGCGCGAACGCUCGCCCAUGCCUCCCACCCGCCUCCCCUCUUCCGGCUCGCCCUCGGCCUCGCCGGUGAGGAGCCACGCGGUGCGCCGUGUCGACUCGUCGUCAACCACCAGCUCCACCUGGUCGCCCGCGCCCUCCAAGCGCCAGAGCACCGACAGCAGCUACUCGUACUACUAUGGCCGCCACACCAACCAAUGGCUGUUUGGCGGCUUCAGCGUGCGCGAGACGGUCAAGGACGCGUAUAACCACAUGCGCGGCGAAUCCCACUAG